AUGGAGGAAAAUCUUCCUCCUGGGUUUAGGUUUCAUCCAAGUGAUGAAGAGUUAAUUACAUAUUAUCUAUCAAAUAAAAUCUCUGAUUUCAGUUUUAAUUCUAAGGCUAUUGCUGAUGUUGAUCUUAACAAGUGUGAACCUUGGGACCUUCCAGCAAAAGCUUCAAUGGGGGAAAAAGAAUGGUAUUUUUUCAGCUUAAGAGAUCGUAAAUAUCCAACAGGGUUAAGAACAAACAGAGCAACAGAAGCAGGUUAUUGGAAAACAACCGGGAAGGACAAAGAAAUCUUUCGAGGUGGUUCAUCGUCUUUGCUGAUUGGCAUGAAGAAGACUCUUGUGUUUUACCGUGGAAGAGCUCCCAAGGGUGAGAAAACUAAUUGGGUUAUGCAUGAAUAUCGCCUUCAUAAUAACCUUUCUUUCAAACCCACCAAGGAGGAAUGGGUGGUAUGUAGGGUUUUCCAAAAGAGUGUUGCACCAAAAAGGCCACAACCAACUUCAUCAUCUCAUGUCUCACCAGAUUCACCAGAUGAUAAUACCAACAUAAACAAUAAUGAUUUUGGUGACAUUGAACUACCAAAUUUGAACACUUUUUCAAGCUCACCAAUUUCUAAUUUUAGCUACCCAUCCCUACAAACUUACCCUAAUUGUAAUUAUAAUAAUCUCAAUUUGAGUGAUCUCACAAACUUAAACCUAAAUUGGGCACGAGAUCAAAUGCCUAAUUUUCCUUCAUUAUCAUGGUCGUCAACCUUGCUAAGUCCCAAUUUAAGUAGUACCGUAAAUUCCUUAUUACUUAAGGCGCUACAAUUUAGAAAUAGUACUAGUAAUAGUACUUAUAAUCAACCAAGAGAUGCAACGAUGAUGGACUACUCUUUCCUGAGCAGCAACCAACAAGGGUUGCCGCCUUUAGGAAGUAGUACUCCAUGUUCGUAUUUUCAAUCAGCAUCGACUGUUGAUGGGGUGUUUGAAUCGUCUAUAGCACCGCAAGCAAAUGAAGUAAACCAACAACUCCAGGAGCAACCAUUCAACUUGGACUCUUGGAUAUAUGAGAAAAACUAACAAUUUGAGACUUGUAGUUGUAUACUUGUAUGCAUGUAUC